AUGGGCUCCUUAUCUGCCGGCCUCGAGACUGGCCCAGGGAUGACACCCUUCUUCAAACAGCCGCUACUGGCCAGCGUUUGUGGAAAGAAGAGGCAGGCGCCAGGCGGGGCCCAUCGCCGGGGGUUUGACCUGCGCUCGGUCGGUGGCUGCUUUGGGCGGCCCCAUCCAAUCCAUCGCCCUGACUCGAUUAAGCGUAAGAGGAAGCAUCAGCUCCUGAGUUCCUUCGGGGCCCACCCCCGGCUCCCCAACUGGGGCCUUCCACGGCGACACGCAGUGUACUACAUACCCCUCACCACUGCCUUCGUGUCCUCUACAGUUCAGGCCCACCGUGGCCUCCUGGCUGUUGCUCACAGCAUUUCACUGGCUGCCCCGCCCCCGGAAUGCUCUCCCUCCUCAUCCCCACCGCUGGCUUCCUUCUUCAAGAAGCCUCUUCUGGUCCCCCUUGUUGCUGGUGUCCUCCCCGCCGAGUCCCUCCAAUUCAGCCCGUCUGCAGCACAUCCGGAGCAGGGGAUUAUUGUUGACUUGGGGCUGGAGACCUUAGAAGCAACUGAAUUCAAAUUCUCUUAUACAGAUGAGAUGACUAAGGCAACAGGAUGCUUCCUGCAGAACAACAAUCUCCACUCCGUUGCCCCUGGGGCUUUUACUGGCUUAUCCCAGCUAAGAAAGCUGUUCCUGAGUCACAAUCGAAUCCACUCCCUUCCUCCAAGACUCUUCCAGGACCUCUUCCAGCUGGAGUGGCUGAUGCUGGACAACAACCAGAUCACCGACUUGGCGCCCGAUACUUUCCUGGGGCUGAAGUCCCUGUACUUUCUAGUCCUUCGGGGUAACUUGAUCAAAGCGAUUCAGGAAGGGACCUUUGCCAAUCUGCCUCAACUGGUAGAACUAGACAUCUCCAACAACCUCCUGAUGGAAGCGCCUCCAUCCAUGUACCAGGGCCUCCAGGACCUCCAGAUGCUGAACAUCUCUGCCAACCCUCUGAAAGAGCUCCCUGUGGACCACUUUGACAGUCUCCCCUAUCUGCAGUCACUGAGCAUGGAGGGCAUGGAGAUCUCCAACAUUGAGAACCGAAUGUUCCAGAAGCUGACCAACCUGUCCUACGUUUACUUCGACCACUUCCAGUACUGUAGCUACGUUCCCCACGUGCGCAGCUGCCAGCCCAACACGGACGGCAUCUCUUCCCUGGAGAACCUCCUGGCCAAUCUGAUCCUUCGGAUCUUUGUCUGGGUCAUCGCCUGCGCCACCUGCUUGGGCAACCUGUUUGUGGUGUGCAUGCGCUCCCUCAUUGUGCCCGAGAACUUCCAGCACGCCAUGGCCAUCAAAUGCCUGUGCUGCGCUGACUUCCUCAUGGGCGUUUAUCUGUUCUUCAUCGGUGCCUCUGACUUGCGCUAUGCGGGCGAGUACAACAAGCAUGCCCAGGCCUGGAUGGCCAGCCCGCAGUGCCAGGCUGGGGGGUGCCUAGCCAUGCUGUCCUCGGAGGUUUCUGUGCUGCUGCUCACCUACAUGACACUUGAGAAGUAUGUGGGCAUCGUCUUCCCUUUCAGCCACUACCGGGCUGGCCGCCGGCAGACCCUGGCCACCUUGGUGGGCAUCUGGCUGGUGGGCUUCAUCAUCGCCGUGGUGCCCUUCUGGAGCCGAGGCCCCUUUGGCAACUACUAUGGCACCAAUGGGGUGUGCUUCCCUCUUCACUUUGAUACCUCUGAGAGUGCUAUGGCCCAGCACUACUCCACUGCCAUCUUUCUAGGGGUCAACCUGAUCGCAUUCAUCACCAUGGUGGUGGCCUAUAGCAGCAUGUUCCACGCUGUCCGGGUCUCCCGUGCCCGCUCGGCACAGCACCUUUCCCGGGAGGUCUCCAUUGCCAAGCGCUUUUUCUUCAUUGUCUUUACGGAUGCCCUGUGCUGGCUGCCCAUCUUCCUCCUGAAGCUGCUGUCGCUGCUGCAGCUGGAAAUCCCAGGUGCCGUUACCUCCUGGGUGGUUAUCUUCAUUCUGCCCAUCAACAGCGCCCUGAACCCCGUCCUCUACACCAUCACCACGUCCCCCUUCCAGGAGAGACUAAAGCAGUGUCUGCAACGAGAGGGUCGUUCCGUCCCCUCCUCCCAGUCUGCUGGCCCAAGCUUCACCCUGGUGCCCCUCCAAGCCACUAGUGCCAGAGACCUGCUGGACACGGUGGACCAGGGCACCGAGAGAACUGUCUUUGGGCCCCAGGACUAA